AUUAAAUUUACUUUUGAACCCCCUCCUCCCCCAAAAUUAGCAUAUUGUGUUACUUUAAACUUGUUUCGGAGCAAAUUUGUAGAAGAAGACCAUUAGACUGAGAACUACAUAAAGGCAAAGGUGUGCAUAACAGAAACCCUGCAACUAAUGGAGCUCCCAGAAGGAAUGUCAACAACCCUUGUGAAUUUCAUGAACCUGACUAAUUCCUCAUGGCAAGACUGUUCCCGUAAUAACGUACUGAAGACAGCGGUGUUCCCGAUACUGUAUUCUCUUCUCUUCCUGCUAGGAAUCAUCCUCAACGGCCUAGCAGCAUGGGUGUUUUUCAGCAUCCCCAGUCGCUCGCACUUCAUCAUUUACCUAAAAAACAUUGUGGUGGCUGAUCUCCUCAUGACUCUGACUUUUCCAUUUAAGAUCCUGUCGGACUCAAACAUGGCCUCAGUUAGUGUCCGCAUCUUUGUCUGCCGCAUUUCUUCUGUGGUUUUCUACCUUACCAUGUACAUCAGCAUCCUUUUCUUUGGCUUUAUCAGCAUUGACCGCUGUAGAAAGACUCUCUACCCUUUUGUUGGCACCAGUCCUAAAAAGCUGGCCCACAGGAAACUGCUUUCAGUUGGUAUCUGGGUGUCCCUGCUGGCGCUUUCCCUCCCCAACAUGAUUCUCACCAGCAAGACGCCUAAAUCAGACCACUUUAGCUGCAGUAGCCUGAAGACUGAGCUGGGCUUAAAGUGGCAUGAAGUGGUCAACCACAUCUGCCAGGUAAUCUUCUGGGGUAAUCUGAUAGCAGUAGUGGUGUGUUAUACACUCAUCACCAAAGAGCUGUUCAACUCCUUUGCACGGACUCGCGUUCUGAAUACAGCAGCUCAGAGCCAGCAGAGGAAGAAGAGGGUGAGAGCUAACGUGUUCCUCGUUCUCGCAGUGUUCUUCAUAUGCUUUGUGCCGUUUCACUUCGCCCGAGUGCCUUAUACCCUGAGCCAGACGAGGGAACAUAGUUUUGACUGUCAACAGAAACUUAUCUUCUUCCAGGUGAAAGAGAGCACGCUGUGGCUGUCCUCUCUGAACUCUCUUCUAGACCCUCUCAUCUAUUUCUUCCUCUGCACGUCCUUCAGGGACUCACUGUUCAAAAUCCUACGACUCUCGCCUGGGAGGUGUGGAGCAUUGCAGUACACUACGGAUACUCCUGCAGAUAGCAGCCCUAUGGGAAACCGCGCGACAUAAAUAUAGUCCGGGGAGUUUCUGUGACUCUUAACAUAACGGUCCUGAAUGUGAUGUUUUAAACCUCUGUUGGAGUUUUAUAGUGAAAUUGAACUUUACAAACUGCAUAUUCAGAAUAUACUGUAUAUUUUUAUGAAAAGCAUAACAUAUGAAAUAAAUAAAUAAAUGAAAAAUUGGAGACCCCGAAGGACCUAGACCUACAACAAUGUAAAUAUAGAUGAUUUCUGAGCUUAAUCUGUAUUUCAGGAGGAAUAGUCAGACAGUUUAAUCUUUAUGAUUGUUUCAAAUAUGUAUAUGUUUACAAAUGCAAUUUCCUUCUGUUACAUAAAAAGCCACCAAGCUGCAUAUAUAUAUAAUUCUUUCAUUUUCAAAAUAUGAAAUAAACAAAAUUGUCCACAAAUGUAAAAGUUUUAGAAUUAUGAAUUUUGUUUUAACCAAUUGUAAUGUCUGACUGACUUAUUUGACUUUUGCAUGUACAUCACUAAAUACAUCGUUUAAUAUAAUUAAAACAUCCCACAUUUAAACAGGUACAAUUAAGAAAACCACAUUUUUUUUUAUUUCAAAGUGAAUUUCCGAAUCUGAUUUGUCAAACAGUGUUGAUUAAUUACUGUCUACUUAAUUAGCAGCUCUGACAGUAGUUUCAUGGAUGUUCCACAACAUUAAAUGUAACUCUAAACAGAUAAAAAGGAUGCUGUGUUGUUCUUUAAUGAAUAAAAAUGUAAUCGUCUGCAAUUUUCUGUGGUAUGAGUGGAAUAAAACACUUCGGGGUCUGUUCUUAAAGGUAAAUUUUCAACUUCAGAAUGGUAACAGGAUACCCCGCUUUACAUUGUUGAUUGUUUUCUUACAACCCUGUAUUUUAUUCCUUAC